AUGUCUGCCGGCCCCGAAACAGGAGCUGCUGCCGCCCCCGAGGCGCCGUGGCAUGCCGCUUACCCGAAGCCAAAGACCUCCGAACCCGCGUCGUUGUCUAGCGAGGAGGUUCUGGCCUUGCUGAAGGGGCGAAGCGAGAAUGCAGCCAGCAACGACUUUGUUCUUGUCGAUGUUCGCCGCAAUGAUCACCAGGGAGGUACGGUCCGCGGAUCGAUAAACCUACCGGCCCAGUCGCUCUACCCAUCUAUCCCGACCCUCUAUGGCCUAUUCAAAGCGGCAGGGGUCAAACAGGUCAUCUUCUACUGUGGUUCGUCUGCCGGUCGUGGGACGCGGGCCGCUGGAUGGCUAGCCGACUACCUGGCUGAGCGGGGGGAUAAAGAUUUGCAGAGCGUGCUACUGAAGGGAGGAAUUAAAGGCUGGGUGGCUGCAGGGCCCGAGUUCACAGAGUGGAUGGACGAGUAUGACGAAACCGCAUGGUCGUGA